CUUCGAUGACAAAAUGAACUGACCAUCCAUAUUCGUUCGCACAUUAUUACAAAGAAAAGCCAAACAAGGAAAUAAGGCCAAGGAAAGAGUGGAGCCGGUUUUCUUCCACCAAUUAAGUCAUAAACCUCUCUUAUUACGCAAAGUAGCCAAAUCAAGCACGCUCAAGCCCUCCCACUAGUGAUGAAUGCUGGGAGAAGAACACCGUUACUACUGUGCUCUGUGCAUGAGCGGAAGUGAGAUUGUAGCUGAGUGAAGAUAUGUUGAGUUUUCUUAACAGAAAAGAUGUCAAAAAAAUUCUCAAACGCAAGGAUAGUGAUGCUGGGGAUAUAGGAAGGGCAUUAGAGGAGACACGAUCAUCUCUGUUAAGCAAAUUGAGGGCAUUUGGAGGUGCAAAGCGACAGCAACCGACCUUAUGGGGACCUAUCAUUGCGCUAUCAUUCAACUUUGUUGUAUCUAUUAGCAUUAUAUUGAUGAACAAGUUGGUUCUCGUCGAAGUCGGGUUCAACUAUCCAAUAUGUCUAACUUUUAUACACUACAUAUUUAGCUGGUUGAUAAUGGCCAUUUUGAAGGCUUUCUCCAUUCUUUCACUCUCUCCGCCUCCAAAGUCAACAAAGUAUUCUUCAUUGGUUUCUCUCGGAAUAGUUAUGUCUCUAUCUACUGGUCUUGCAAAUGUCAGCUUGAAAUACAACAGUGUUGGAUUUUAUCAAAUGGCUAAGAUUGCAGUCACACCUGCCAUCGUGAUUGUUGAGUUUAUUUUCUUCCAGAAGAGAUUUUCUGGCCAGAAGGUGAUUGCACUUACUCUAGUAUCCAUAGGUGUUGCAAUAGCCACAGUGACUGAUCUGCAAUUCCACUUCUUUGGUGCUUGCAUAGCAGUUGCCUGGAUAGUGCCAAGUGCAACAAAUAAGAUACUAUGGUCUAAUCUUCAGCAGCAGAAGAACUGGGCUGCGUUAGCGCUAAUGUGGAAGACCACACCUAUUACACUGUUCUUCCUUGUUCUUUUGAUGCCAUCACUUGAUCCACCAGGUGUCCUCUCCUUCCGUUGGAAUGUAUAUAACACCACAAUUGUUCUUGCUUCUGCUGUUCUUGGGUUCUUACUUCAGUGGUCGGGUGCUCUUGCACUUGGAGAAACAUCUGCCACCACUCACGUCGUCCUUGGACAGUUCAAAACAUGUGUCAUCCUGCUUGCUGGGUUUUUGCUUUUUGGUUCAAAUCCUGGAGUGACUAGUAUUUUUGGGGCAACUACAGCUCUCGUUGGUAUGACUAUCUACACUUACCUGAAUUUGAAAUCGAAGCAGCAAGCUGCAAAAGCUGCCAUUAGACAAUCUCCGCUUUCACAAACACUGAAGGAGCACAGAGAAAAUGGUGGUACACAGAAUGGAAGCCUUGGUGAUGAAUCUGUGUAGCCUCACCUUGAAGUUCUUUAAACCACAGGGUACCCAAAGCUUUUAUUACUUCAUUAGUUAGAUUGUGUACACAGGAUGGAAGCCUUGGUGAUGAAUCUGUGUAGCCUCACCUUGAAGUUCUUUAAACCACAGUACACCCAAAGGUUAUAUUACUUCAUUAGUUAGAUUGUGUUCAUAAUCCAGGUCUGUAGAGCUUUAAAUAAAUUUAUGCUCUUGUGAUGAAAAUGGUAGUGAUAGAAUGAUAGCUGAUAGUCAUAUCUUAUUCCCUUUUUCGCGAUUAUAUGUUAUAUCGGUGCUUCUGAAUUAGUUUUGUAUUGGAUUCAAUCUUAGAGGAUGCCAAGAUUUACAUGAUGUAUUAUUUAAAUUCAUAUAUGUGAUCUUUGUAUGGAUACUGAUUCUUGUCA